AUGGGCAGCUUCAUGGAUUACGCCUUCCCAGCUGGAGAUGAAAGCGACGCCAGCAAUGAAGAGUGGGAUAUCGGUUGCUGUUCGGAUAAAAACUCUUCUCGCAUCAAGGCUCAGGAUGCUAUUGUACCACACGCAGAAGAUAAUGUGUCAUUGUUGAAAAGAGCCAUCAGUAAUGGAGACACUAGGACUGUGGAACAGCUGUUGGAUAGUGGCAUGGACGUGGAGACCAGGCUUGGCUUUGAAUGGACUCCUCUCAUGUGUGCUGUCAAUGUGGCUAAUUACGACCUGGCCAAACUGCUACUGGACCGAGGGGCCAGAGCCAACUUCAGCAAAGAUCAUUGGACCGUGCUCAUGGCCAGCUGCAAGGCGUCUGCCAGUGAAGACAGAAUUGCUCGCUGUGUGGAGCUUCUGCUGUCCAGAAAUGCUGAUCCCAACAUGGCGGACAGGUCACAGAUGACCUGCCUGAUGCUGGCAGCCAGAGACGGCUACAGUAAGGUCAUCAACCUGCUGUCGUCCCAUGGAGCAGACAUCAAUGCUCAGGAUGGCAACGGAUACACAGCUUUGUCUACAGCAGUGCAGUAUGGCAGAGAGGAGACAGUGCUGAAGCUCCUCCAGCUGGGAGCAGACAAAACCAUAAGGACCAAGGAUGGCAAAAGCCCAGCUGACCUGGCAGUGAUCUUCAAACACACACAGAUAACAAGGAUCCUGGCCUCUUCAUCCCACAUCUCCGCUGCGCAGGCCUCCGUGGAGGAGACCUUGUCUAAGUUCUUCAAGACCAACUCUGAACCUCCAUCUUCCAAGGAAAGUGCAACCAAGCUUGACGACCUGGAGCUCCUCCUGCACGGCCUCGAGCUCAGCUACCUCACUGACAUCAUGACUGAAAAUGACAUCACCUGGAACUACCUGUUGACCAUGGAGAAGGACGACCUGGAGAAGAUUGGGAUCACAGACCCGGAGCAUCAGCAGAAGCUGCUGAGUGCUGUGCAACAGAUGCACCUGGAUAAAGUGGACCUGGACACCAUCAGCCAACUGGGAGCUGCAGCCAGUGGGAGUGAGGAGCUGCAUAACUUCCUGAUAGGUGUGCGACAGCAGUGCUGCUACCUGACAGAGACAAUUCAUGAUGUCAUCAACCGUUUUCCUCGCCAAGCCUCUCAGCUGGUCUUCUCCCUGGACCCGAAGAAGGAGGCCCAGGUCGUCUGCAACCAGCUGGUGAUCCAGACUAAAGAUCUGCAGAAGGAAGUUGCCUGCCUUCGCAAUCUGAUAUGCCAGAUGGACGAAGCCGGAGAUCGCUGUCAGCUUCCCAGACCUGGUUCCCACGGCAACCGGAAGAUGCGGUACCUGACCGGAGUGGCGCUUGGAGCCACGUUCCUCUUGCUCCUCUACAAAGCUGCUUGCGGGAAGGUUUACCUGCAUACGUGA